CUCUGCGCCUCAUCAAGCUUUACGCUGUUCAUGUCGAUCUCUGCUUUUAAUUCCUUGUCCGACCGUGUUCACCAUUGCUUUGUUUUUGCCCAUGCUGAUACAUCCGUCCCCAAUCUGCUGGCACUGACGGCGAGUCUGUCUGUGAGAGUCUGCUACUCAUCAUGGUGUGUUGCUCAUGCAAUGUACCUCGCAUGAUUCUCUCAAAACAGCGAAGGGGACAAAGGGCAGCCUUGGCAGACUCCCAGUACCGUCGAAGGAAAGCGCGCACUCCCACUUUGCCAUUUAGCGCAAUGCUUUCCAAAUACAGGCAUUUAGAGAUGAAUGCGCUUCACUUUCUUCCGUGUUGCUACCGAUUGGACACUGGCUAAACUUGCUAAACUGUGCAUAGUGAAAUUUUAAUAUAAUACUUUUCAUUAAAAUUUAAAUGUUAUCGGAAGAAUCUAGCUAUACAAUAGUUGUCACUACACAACCAUCUACCAACAAGCUGCAGCAGGGGAAGCUAGCAAACCUUGUUGAUUGGAAUAGCCUCCCUUGGCUGAUACAAACAUCUUCGAGAGCAGACGCUCAUCAAGGAUUAUUGUUUGUGAAUGGGCCAAUUUUCUUGCCUUAUUCCUAUUGUUGUCACAUCAUUUCAAGUAAUAGAUAUGCACAUUGUUAAAAUUACGUCUUGGCAAAUUAGUUAUCAGUUAGGUAUCUUGGCGGUGGAUGAUUUCCAGAAUUGUAAUAUUAAUUAAUAAAUUAGUAAUAAUUAAUGUAUGGUAUUCUCACUACUCACAAACAAUAUUUUGCGUUUGUAACACCUUUGUACACGAAUGUGUACACGAAAGUAGGUCCAACAUCUCUUUUGGCAAAGGAAAAGUAAAAUAAAGGUAAGUAACGGCAACGCUGCCUUAAUAUAAAGGUCCCCCCCUCCGUUUUUUUUUACCCGUGCCCUACUCCUCGUAUUAAUAUAUAUGAUAAUCAUUGGGUUUGCUCGAUAUUACAUGAAUCGGUGACUAUAAUGGAUUAAGCCAAAAGCUUUUAGUUUAUUUUUUAAACCUGCGUACGUGGGUGUAGAUGGCAGCAAACAAAGGCUUAUAUAGAUGUGUAUCUUCAGCUAUAGUUUUUAUGGCUGGAUGUAUCCUCAGCUUGAUGUUUUUAGAAUGUCUGGGUUGCCUGUCCCACUUUGGAGUUUUUUUUUUUCAAUACUGUUUGUUUUCACUGCUACUUAAAACCAUACUUUUGUUUUUCUCGAAGGAUAAUAUGUGUGCAUGCAAUCUUUAGCCAUUCUUCAACCAGAUUUUUUAAAAGGAUCACUAUUAUUGGCUGUGUCAUAUGUGCAAAUCUUAUAACUCUGCUCUUGAAAUGUUAAACAUUUUUUAUUUUGUGCUUUCAUCAAUAACGCCUGUAAUAGUGGAAUCAGAAAUUUUUAUCAAAGACUAUACAUUCAUGAGUCUUUAGAACACUUUAGUAUUAUUUCAGACAUUUAAGUCUACUCGUCUAUUAAGGAAGACCUGGCUGAAGCCUUCAGAUAAUAAUCAGAAACACUGCAUGACUGAUGAAACAAUGUAGUUAAUUUAUUACCAUCAAAGAUAAAAUAUUUCCUUUGCGUUUUGAUAUUUUUGCUGUUUUGUUGCUCUAUGAUUUCUCAUUUGCAGGUAAAGUUUUUUUUAGUUCAUGAAAGACACAAAUGCUGCUGACACGAAGAAGAUUUUUAAAAAAGAAGAGAUGGCGAUGCGUUGUAAUAAUGCUAGUAUGUGCCAGUGUAGCAGCAAUGCUUCUCAGUCUUUCUGAAACUCUGGAACUUUCAGAUGUGCCGCACUUCAGCAAGAAUGAAGGUUUACCCCAAGAGCCAAAUAUAGCAAGGCUGCAACCAAAGAAGUUAAUCAGAGGUUACCAUACAGCUGACAUUCUGCAGAAACUUCAGCAGCCUUUUAUUCCAGUCUUUGUCGUUGAGGAACAUUUUGAAGUUCUGAAACACUGGUAUGAUGCAGUGAAACUAGGAUUUCUUUCUCCACAUGGGAACACUCUGCUUCAUAUUGAUGGUCAUUCUGAUGGAGCCAUUCCCCCAAUUGUGCCUAUCAUCCCCCAAUUUCGCUUCCCUCACAACAAGUCAGAAGUGAUAAAGAUGAUGCAGAGCAAUGAUGUUUUCAUCUCAGCAUCUGCUUUAACAGGGCUGGUCAGUCGAUACAUCUGGGUGUGGCCACCAUGGGAUGCUGAAAACCAUGAAAAUGAACAUCUGGUCUAUGAUGUGUAUGUGGGAAGGUACACUUUGUCUCCACCUGACAAACGAUACACUGGGUUGUGUGUUUGCGGGCAGCAGAAAGAUGCAGAAGGUAAUGACCAAAACACAGAUGGAAAAUUACAAAUGGAAUGCUGGAAUCAUAAUGCAGAAAUUGAAGCAAUAGAUGAUAGUCCUGCUAUUGAGAGCAGUCAGUGUUCUGUAAGAUUCAAGGGCGUUGUUGAAAUAGUCUCAGAAGCAAGGGCUUUAGAACUUCUUCAGAGAGGUGGGUGGAUUACAGACAAAGAUAAACUAUUGCUAGACAUUGAUGAAGAUUACUACGGAUGUGAAAGUUCCAUCAUGCCACUUUACCAAGCCAACCUUUCCCAGACAUUCAUAGACACCCUUUCAGAAAUUAUUUGGAAACUGUUCUGUAUAGAAACGGUUUCACAAGAGUACUAUUCUGACAAGUUUUAUCGUUUGUUUCUUAAGAUUCUUCUUCAUUUUUUAACAAACAAAUGUGAUUAUGAAGAUGAUCAGGAUGUCAAACCUUGUCUCAGUGACUUUGAUGUUGACAAAGCAAUGCUGGACAUGAUACCAGGACUGAUAGAUAGCAUACAAGAUCUGCUGUGUGAUUAUGGUCCCAGGGUUAGCCAUAUCAUGAUGCAGACUCUUAUUCGUCUUUUGGAGGAUCUCAGUACCAAGCAGCUUCAGGCACUGGCUUAUGUUGGCAUCUGCUUACAGACUGCUCCUACAAACUAUUAUUUCUAUGACGAUGGCAUGCACAUUUGCCAUGGGUUUAACACUCCUGAAAAUACCCAAGUGUUGUUUCAUGUGCCAUCACUUGAGGAAAGACUUAAUCGAACAGUCAAGUUGGGAGCCCUCCUCUCUUACCUGCCAGCUGAGCCACAGGUAGUAACUGUAUGUCGAUCAGUCCGGGAUGGUUACACUCCAUGGAAUCUGUCAAGUAUCAUCGAAGAUGACAUUCUCACAGCACUUCAGAAGUCAUUUAAACAUGUCACUGACAAAUCUUUCUAUUAUGAUGAAAACCUGUUAGGUGGCAAAACAGGUUGGCAUAACAGAAAUAAAUAAAUUGGUAACAUGA